GAAUUGGUCUUGGGGUAAACAUUGCUUAUAGUCGACGAAAAAUUUCCGUUUUUAUUUACGCACUACACCGACGAAUUUAUUGAGACCAUUGUGGUUGUCUCAAUUUGUCGUCGACGUCGUAUCGUAACACCUUUAAGCAGAGAACAUCUAAGAGUUUCUUUUUGCGGAAGACUUAACUAACAAUUAUGGCUAACAGCAAGAGAAACUUUUGAAAUGUCUAGAGAGAGAGUGUGUCUGAAAAGAUGAUGAAAAAAUGGAGAGGAGUUGAUGAUUUAAGAGAAGCACUUCAACAGAGGAUCCACGAUUUCAUUCAGGGCGGGCUGUGUCAUUUGAGCAUUUGACAUAAGGAAUUUUCAUCAACAAACUGUUAUCAUAAAUGAGCUCAGCUAUAAUGAAUGCGCUCAUGCUCUUGGACAGUCUUUGAUCGCAAACAGGAAAGUUGCGAAAAAAAAUGCUGAUAUGGUGUGUACCGUGUGUAGUGUGUACUAACUAUUGAAGACUGGUUUGAAUGAGAAAAUAAUGCCCAUGUCAUCAAUAACAUAGACAUAAAGAAUUGUCACUAGGCGAAAUUGAAAAAGAAGAAGAAGAAGAAGAUAAAGAAGAAGAUAAAGAAGAAAAAGACCUAUGCUUAUUAUUUCUUGCCUCUUUAAAAUGAUUAGUAAAUUGUUCCUGCGAAAUCUUACCCAUGUACUCAUCAAACUGCAAAUUUUUGCUCAAGUGCUUCCAACUGAAUGGGAGGUAAUCAAUUCAAUGUGUCCAAGUAGAGUUGUUACCAAAUACGCAAGCCAGCAAAAGUUAAACUAAACAGGAAAGUAGGAACUGGGCGAAUGAAGGAUGCUGGAACAAUGUUUAAUUCGGGGGAUUGGAUCCUCGUGCAAAGCCAAAAUAUUGCCCGCCAUCUUGGUGAUAUUUGCUGACUGGGCGAUAAUUUUUGUCUAAGUGACAAUUUUCCAAAUCGGGUGGUAAACAGACAAUCAUUUGGUCGUGUUAUCUUACAUAAUGAUUGAAUUACGUUUCCUCGGUGAUUUGUCCUUUAAUCUUUUCUAACAUCUUUUAUAAAAGCCUUUGGAAAACUGGUGCAACAUUAUGAAAUGUUCAUAUACUGCGGCGAGUGAAUGAUUUGUCAGAACUACAACGAACGUAGCUACAAAGACUUAGCUCGAAAGAAAUGGUAUGGCGUCGAACUUGGACGAUCGGGCAUGUCCGCGGUUUUUGGACGGAUUCCACAAGAACAUUCUGCCAUGGGAUCGUUUCAAUCGAUGGAUUACAUGCUUCUGUGUGGUCACAUUUGAUCUCGAGUUGGGCCAAGCGAUGGAGUUGAUAUAUCCACGAUUUGUUCGCCUAUCUGAGAAAGAGAAAAUGAGCAUAUGUUAUUCAGCAUUUCCUGAUUCCAAUUCAGGAUGUAUGGGGGAUACCCAGUUUCACUUUCGAAUGAGAUCAGAAUCUGGUUCAUGCAAGAGUAAAAGCUGUUGUCGAUCCAAUGAGAAUGGCUUGCCAUUUGGUUACAAAAGUGACUUUGGGCAUUAUUAUGGCUUUGUGUAUUUUCGUCAAGUAAAGGAUCCUUCCAUACCACGAGGCUAUUUCCAAAAGUCCAUAGUGCUUAUCACCAGGUUGCCUUAUGUCAACUUUUUUUCAGCUGUGGUAAAACUUGUUGCUCCUGGAUAUUUCAACAUACUUGAGCUGGCACUUGAAGCAUCAUGUAAUGACAUUGAUCAUUGGCCCUACCCUGUUCCUGGUCAAACGCUUUCACUACCAAUCAUGGGCUCCUUGAUACAGGUUCAUUUACCGUCAGGAAAAGACAAACCUGGAACAAUUCUCUCACCUAGUUCAAGUCUUGAAAACACAAAUGCCAUUCCAGCUCCUCCAAUCCAGAUUUCAAUUCCUUUACUUAAAGAAACAGAUAUGUAUAGGUGCAUCUCUCCUGUUUUGAACAGCAUCCAUUUGCUCUGGGAACUUGUUUUAUUGAACGAGCCGAUUGUUGUCAUGGCUCCUUCAUCUCUCUGUUCGGACGUUGUCCAGACUUUGAUAACCUUGAUCCAUCCACUGCAUUUAACUCGAUUUCCGCCCAUUUUUACAAUACAUGAUAGUGAAUUCAAAGAAUACACAACAAAAACGCACUCUCCUCCACCAGUUAUAAUUGGAGUGACCAAUCCAUUUUUUGCUAAAACCUUACAACAUUGGCCUCAUAUCUUACGAAUAGGAGCAAUGAAUGACUUAGUUAUUGGUGGCCGGCCUUCUCCUCUAGGGAACGAGAAAAGAUCUUUCGAGGCAAAGCCAGGUAUUUACACCCGUUAUAAACAGUAUCUACAGAGAGAUAAAUUGUUCAUCAAAGCUAUAAAAAGGGGAGGGCAGAAGAAACGACCUGCAGAAGCUCAGAAUGCUAUUUUGAGAAAGCACAUGAGGGAACUCACGCAAAGUUUCAUUAUACCAUUGGAACGUUACGCUGCUAGUUUGAUGCCUUUACAAAGAAGUAUUUCUCCGUGGAAGCUACCCCCAAAACUUAAGUCUUUCGAUGCCGAAGAGUUUUUGAAAACAGUUGAACAUUCUGGUCCCCAACUUACGACUGGAUUAAAAGGAGACUGGAAAGGACUUUACAGACGCUUUUUCAGGUCAGCCAACUUCGAAGGAUGGUUUCGAAACAGACAACACCAAAUUCAGCAGAAGUUACUCUUACUCCAUUUGGAAGCGUUGGCCGUUGCUGAUAUGUCGUCAUGGAUGACCGCGAAAAAUGAGGUCGAAAUUGUGGAUUUUAUCCUCAAAACACGAGAAAAAAUGAAAAGUGCUAGGCAUUUCGAAACCCAAGUCACAGACGAUGUUUUGAAAAAGCUAUGUCUUCAGAUGGAACAAGUGUUGGAUACCUUACCACAAGAUCUUCAACACAUUCUACGAAAGGGUUGAACUUCAUUUGGUGCAAGAAAGUUGUGGGCACCCAACCGGUGAAGGGAAAGAAAAGAUCCGGUCUUAGGAAGGGACGGCCGCACAAAGUUGCCAUUCUAAGCUCUUUCCAAAAUUUUUUUGCAAGCAAUUGCUUAAAUUUCUUUGAGAGAGAAUGCGGAUUUCCAUGUCAAAAGUCAGUCGGGAAAUCUAUGCGACAACGAAGCAAGCUUCGGGGAAAGAGAAUGUACAAAUUUUAUUGGAAUAAAUUGGAUAUAUUGUACAAUGCUGUGCUAUUCAAUGUUCAUGUGAUACAUAAUAAAAGGCGUUGUUUUGUUCUGGUGGGUAA